UGGCCGGCGAGGAUUGGAGGACUGGCGGCGGGACGGAGAGCUUCGAGUUUGGUUUUGCGCGGGAACUGGAACGGCUGCCGCCGCUGCCGACAGGAGCCUGCGAGCUGCAGGUUUCCAGCCUUGGAGGGGACCAUGGUGCGGCCUGCGAGGCACAAGAAGCCAGUCAAUUACUCCCAGUUUGAGGACUCUGAUAGUGAUGAUGAUUUUGUUCCUGCAACCGCACCGUUAAAUAAAAAAUCCAGAACUACACAAAAGGAGUUAAAACUAGAAAAACCAGAACCUAAACUGAAGAAUCUCCAGGAAAAAGACAUCCCACUACGAGAGAAAACCCCUAAAAAAAGAAUGCCUUUAGAUGAUAAGCUCUACCAGAGAGACCUAGAAGUCGCACUGGCUUUAUCAGUGAAGGAACUUCCAACCAUCACCAUUGAUGUGGAGGAGUCUCAAGAUAAAAACAUUGACAAACAUGGCAAUAGUGAAACAGAAGCAAUGAGUAAGUCUCCUCAUAUCUCCAAUUGCAGUGUAGCCAGUGAUUAUUUAGAUCUGGAUAAGAUCACUGAGGAGGAGGAUUCCCAGGGUUCUCAGCGGAGAAGAAAAGCGGCAUCCCAAGCCGUGGUCCAGCAGAGGAAGAUUCUUUUGGAAAACAGUGACGGCGACGGUGCCGAUGACUCCGAACCAGACUUUGCAACUGGUGAGGAUUCUGAGGACGAUUCUGAUUUUAGUGAGAGUGAAGAUGAUGAAAGUUUCACUGUGAGAAAAAGUAAAGUUAAAGAAAUUAAAAAGAAAGAAGUGAAAGGGAAAUCUCCAGUUGAAAAGAAAGAGAAGAAAGCCAAAUCCAAACGGGAUGAUGUGGUGACUUCAGUAGAUUCUGCUCCUGCUGCUGUCAAGUCAGAAUCUUGGCCCCCACCGAAAAAGGUUUCUCCUUCUUCAGAGGCCACUAGGAAGCCGUUACAAAUACGAAGUCCUCCAGCUGAAAGCAAGAGACCUAAGUGGGUCCCACCAGCGGUGUCCGGAGGCAGCAGCCGUAGCCCACUGGCAGGAGUGUCUGUGAAGUCUCCAACUCAGAGUCUCCGCCUUGGCUUGUCCCGAUUAGCACGAGUUAAACCUUUGCAUCCAAAUGCUGCUAGUAGCUGAGUGUAGUGGCAAGAAAAUAUUUGAUUAAGAAGAUCUCACUUUUAUAAGCAUGUUUAUAUUUGUGUUUAUAUUUGAGGAGGGUAUUGUAAUAUAAAUGAAUCCUUUAACGUUGUAUAAAU